AUGCCGGGGAUUGGCACACGAAGACAAAAAGCUGCAAGCCCAGCUGGUGGGGAGGCCAGAUCACAGAGCAGGCGGCCAAGCGGGAAGGAGGCGCGGAGGACCCGAGGCUGGGAGGGGCGGGGCUUCAAAAUCCGCCUAACAGACGAGAAACUGCUCGAGAAAGGGCGGUUCUUCCAAGAUCUUCCAGAAACGGGGCCCACAGACUGGCAGGCGGGUCCCUCUCUCCAUGGCACAGUUGUGGGCACCCUGGGGUUCCGCCACAGCCCCCACUCCCCUCCCCCACCUUUCCUUCAGCGCGCCUCAAACCCAAGCCAGCCUCGAGCCUCGGCAGAGGUAAGGCAGGAGCCAGCCCGAACCUUCCGAGUGAGCGUGACCUUGGUGUUAGACUUCCGCUUACAAAACCGAAAGCGACGAAACGUCGGGGGCGUGUGA